AACUCCGCGUCGAUUUUCGGAUUUGCUGCUGGCUGAGGCUUGAUAGGUGCAGCCGCCCGUGCGCUUGCACUCUCUUCGUGAGCAGAUGAUCUCGCUUCGUCGGCGUGACAAAUGGGCUAUUCUUUUGGCACUGCUAUAUGUUUAGCGCUCGUUCGCAGCACGAUCGACGACGGCGCCUGGUUUGCUAGUGUCUUACAGGCCGCUAGCUCGGUUCCCUACCACCAAGCCAUCAAAGCGCUCGUGUUUGGGGCGUUUGAAGUAGCAUUCCUCUUCGUUUGGCGCCUCGUGUCCGCUGAGCUUCGCGAAUUGGACGCGGCCCUCAGACCACACUUAGCAGAUUAUUUUCCUCCUGGCCAGCCAUCUAAAACUGGUCUUGUUUUGAGCGCCGCUCCGCGUACUGCAUACGACAAGACCGCAGACUACAAGACCAUGGCCACGCGACGCCUUCUCCAGGCCGCGAGCCGCCGCCUCAGGCUGCGCGGCGCGCGCUAAGCUGCUCCCGGAUCUGCCGGAGGGCGCAAUUUUCGGCUCGGGCACGGUCCUAGAUACGAUGCGGUUGCGCGUGGAGCUCGGGCACCGGCUAGGCGUGCACGCGUCGGACGUCCACGUCAAUGUCUUAGGAGAGCACGGCGACAGCCAGUUCUCGGCCUACUCCGUGGGCAACAUCGGCGGGCGACCCUUGCUCGAGUUCCCGGGCGUCAAGGCGAUCAACCUCGAGAAGCUGGAAUAUGAUGUCGGCCACAAGGCCUACGAGAUCAUCAACCGCAAGAAGUACACGGCCUACGGCGUGGCCAACGCGACGGCGACGAUCGUCCGACGCCCAGUGCACAAGUCAAAUUUCGGCGCUUCUCGACUCACCGGUUGAUUUGCGCACAGGUCGACGCGAUCCUCUUCGAUAGAAAAGCAGUGCUACCAGUCUCGGUCAAGGACCCGACGCGCGAGUGCUUCCUCUCGAUCCCGACCGUCGUCGGCGUCCAGGGCGCCGAGACCGUUCUAGAAAUUAGACCCCACCUCAACUACGCCGAGGCCCAGAAGUACGACGCGACGGCCGACACUCUAGAACACAUGUGUGCGCAGCUGCCGCCGGUCGGGCCCAUGACGCGGACGGAUGCGCUCGACGCCGGCGCGGCGCGCAAGGAAGCCUACGACCCCUAAGUAUAUACAAAA